AUGGGGAAAGGAAUGAAUCCGGAAAAAGCUAUUGCGUUCACGAAGCUCAGUGUUCUUCUGACUUGCACUUGGCCACCAUCGCCUAGGACAACGAAAACUCAACUCUUCUAUUUUAAUACAUUAUGGUUCGCUGCUUUCGCCAGUGCGAUAGGGUUGUUCUUGCCGUUGCUCACAGCUAUUUACGAGUACCGAAGUGAUCCGAUCGUUCUUGGGAAAAGUGUGUGUCUUUGCGCGGCCGUCGCUCAGGUGACUAUUAAAAUGAUCAUGUGUCGUUCACAGCAGAAGCAGUUUCAGGUGCUGUACUUCGACAUGGAGGAAUUCUGCAAACGUGCCACGCCGUCUGAAAGAAUCGUUCUCCAACGUUACGUGGACAGAUACAAAUACAUCCACGGCGUUUACACGCUGUGGUGCUUUCUCACCACGGUGUUCGUCAUAAGUGGCCCAUUGUACUCACCGCAGACCUUCCCGACGCACGCGAUAUAUCCAUUCUCGGUGGAACGUCAGCCACUGAAAUGCUUCAUAUUUCUCCAUCAAUCGUUGGUUGGCUUUCAGGUGUCCUCCGGUAUGGCCACCGAUACUCAGGUAGCUCUUCUCUUGCGAUACGCGGCUGCGAGGUUCGAGCUUCUCGGGAUGCAGUUGCACGCCGCCAAGUCUGGCCGUGAGUUGAACGCCUGCAUAAAAGAGCACAGUGAGCUUCUUAGGUAUACGAGAAAAGUGUGCGAGAGCAUCAGAUUUUUGGUACUGGCGACAGUCGCGACGACAAUCAUAGCCGUGAUAUUUGGCAGUUUAAAUUUGGUCACUGACCAGCCGCUGCCAUUGAAAAUUCUUUACGCGAUGAUAGUAUUUAGCGCCAGCGUGGAGCUCUUCAUGUACGCUUGGCCCGCUGACAAUCUGAUGCGUAUGAGUGCAAGAAUUGCUACAGAUGCCUACAAUACUAAUUGGUUCGAAAGUGACUUGGCGAUGCAGAGGAAGAUAUACUUCAUCAUUCGGAGGUCUCAGAAGCUGGAAAUUAUUCGUAUCAAUGGUAUCGUGCCAAGGUUAUCAUUGCUUUACUACGCAAAGGAGCUGAUGGAAGCGAUGGAAGUAUGUCUCAAGAACGCGAACGUUCGCGAAAAUCUGGUGUUCCAAUGGUACGUCGACAGGUUCGCCACGUUCUACGGGAUGUCGACGAUAUGGGUGUACGUAACGGGAACGGUUACAGUCCUGGCCACUCUGGUCACCCCGGAUCCCUUCCCGACCAACGCUGUCUACCCGUUUCCUGUCGACUACGAACCCCUGAAAACAUUUAUAUUCCUCCUCCAAGCGGUCACGAUACUCGAAUAUGUUUCAAGCGCGUGCGUUAACGUGCUUUGCGCUUUGCUGUUACUCUUUGCCGCGGCUCGUUUUCAGACCUUGUACAUGGAACUCCGCGAAGUGAAAAAUGUCGACGAAUUGAUAAACUGUGUGAAGAAGUAUUACAUCCUGAAAAGGUACGCGAACGAAGUGGUUAAAGCUAUGCAGUUCGUAACUCUGUUCACGGUAAUGCAGAGCGGUGUGGCAAUUGUAUUUUGCGGUAUUACUUUGAUUCAACCACAACCGUUCAAUGUGAAAGUCCAAUAUUUGUUUGUGAUUGCGACUGCGUUGAUGGAGGUCUUCAUGUGUGCGCGUCCCGCUGAUCAUCUGUUGGAUAUGAGUGAAAAUGCUAUGCAAGGUAUAUACGAAUCGAGAUGGUACGAUCAGUCAACGAGUGUGCAAAAGGCAGUGAGCAUCAUGUUAUUACCACAGAAACCAGUGGCCAUUAGAAUCCCUUGCAUCGUCCCAACUCUUUCAUUGGAUUACUUUUGCUCGUUUGUCACCAAUGUGUUUUCUUUAUUCUCCGUUCUACGUGCUGCCAUUUCUCAAGAUGUGUAA